AUGGUAGCGCCAAAUAUUUUACUCUAUCCGAUCACCUUCUUCUCCUCCUUUUGCUCCAUCCCACUCACACCUCAAAAGACUCCUAUACUCAACAACAUGUCGUCCUCCGAGCAGACCUUCAUUGCCAUCAAGCCUGACGGCGUCCAGCGUGGACUCGUCGGCCCCAUCAUCUCUCGCUUCGAGAAUCGUGGCUUCAAGCUCGUGGCCCUCAAGCUCGUCACUCCCUCCAAGGAGCACCUUGAGAAGCACUACGCCGACUUGAGCGACAAGCCCUUCUUCCCCGGACUGAUUGCCUACAUGGGUUCCGGUCCCGUCGCCGCCAUGGUUUGGGAAGGCCGUGACGCCGUCAAGACCGGCCGCACCAUCCUCGGCGCCACCAACCCCCUCGCCUCUGCCCCUGGCACCAUCCGUGGCGACUUCGCCCUCGACGUCGGCCGCAACGUCUGCCACGGCUCCGACAGCGUCGAGAACGCCAAGAAGGAGAUUGCUCUCUGGUUCAAGGACGGUGAAGUUCAGUCCUGGAAGUCCACUGCUUUCGACUGGGUCUACGAGAAGCCUUAGAUUUCUCUUUGUCAGUCGGAUGGGUAAUGUCUUGAGAGAGACGUUGCGCUUUUGGGCUUUCAUUAU